AUGGCGUCUUUGCUCCCAAUCAGCACCUACAACUUGGUUCUCGAGCCCUUCAGCCCCGUGCCCGCCGUGGACGAUGAGUUCCCCGUCACGAUCAGAUUGACCAUGGCAGCUGUGGACUUGGAGGCUGUGGACGACAAGGCCGAGCCCUCCACAGUGAGGAUUUUGAAGCGUGCACGUGCCUUCCUCGACGACGACGAAGAGGACUUGGCCGAGUUGGAGGCCGAGGAGGCCGACGAGUUGGACUCAGACGAGGAGGAGGAAGCGCCCGCCAAAAGCGCGGCCAAAAACGGCAAUAAAGCCGCCGGCAAGGCUGCAAAAGCCGCCGAGGCUGAGCAGCAGUCGGAGAGCGAGUCCGGCGACGAGUCCGGCUCCGGCUCCGACAGCGACAUCGACGACGACGCCGAGAUCGAGGAGUUUGUGCUCUGCACGUUGUCCCCCAAGGUGCAGUUCCAGCAGACGCUCGACUUCACCAUCUCGCCCGCCGAGGAGGUCCAUUUUGUGGUCACCGGCUCGUACCCCGUGCACUUGAGCGGCAACUACGUGGAGCACCCCGCCGACGACGACGAGGACGAAUACGACGACGACUACAACUCCGACGAGGACGACCAGUACUACGAGGAUGCCGGCGAGUACGACGAGGACGACAACAUGACGCCGGACGAGGACGAGCUCAUGCGCAUCGAGGACUUGGAGGACGAGUCCGACGUCGAGGGCAAGAUCGACGAGUUGGUCCAGCAGGACGAGAAGAAGGCCGCCAAGAAGAGCGCCAAGCGUGCUGCGGACGAGCCCGAGCAGCCAAAAACCGCCAAGAAGGCCAAGGACGACAAGAAGAAGGUGCAGUUCACGCCGGAGUUGGAGCAGGGCCCCACGGGCUCUGCCAAGGACGCCAAGAAGGACGCCAAGAAGGACAAGAAGGACGCCAAGAAGGACGCCCCCAAGGCCGACAAGGCCGACAAGGCCGAGGCCAAGGACAAGAAGUUCAAGACCAGCACGCUCUUGGGCGGCGUGGUCACGGAGGACCGCAAGACCGGCAGCGGAGCGUUGGCCAAGUCGGGCAACAAGGUGGGCAUCCGCUACAUUGGCAAGUUGAAGAACGGCAAGGUGUUUGACAAGAACACGUCCGGCAAGCCGUUUGUGUUCAACUUGGGCAAGGGCGAGUGCAUCAAGGGCUUUGACUUGGGUGUGGCCGGCAUGGCCGUGGGUGGCGAGAGACGCGUGGUGAUUCCGGCCAAGAUGGGCUACGGCUCGCAGGCUUUGCCCGGCAUCCCUGCCAACUCCGAGUUGACCUUCGACAUCAAGUUGGUGUCGCUCAAGUAG